GUCAGUUGCUGAUGGAGGCUGCCAGACUAUGAACAUUCAGUCAGAAAAUGUUGAAGUUCAGUCUUAUGAAGCCUAUGACCAAGAGGUACAGACAGAUCUAGUUGGAGAUUACACAACUCAACUAGCAGACUCUGACAGUAAGGCCUUAGCUAACUUCCUCCAUCUCGUUGAACCAAUGGUAAUGAAAUGUCUGGCCAACAAUUUGAAAAGCAGAGCAUUUAAUGAUGUCAGUGACCACAGAGAAAGUGUAUCUGAAGCUGUCACUUGUGUCCACACCCUCUUCAAUUCUGAUAUGAAAGAGCAGCUGCAGGUCACAGAUCUAUCUUGGAAUGCCACGGGCUCCACGCUGGCUGCAUCAUAUCCUUUUUGUUUUGUUUUUUGGGUACCGAUUACACGCAAGGCAAUUGAAUUUGAUCAUGAAGAUUGGUGCACACACAAGGCAGCACUGUGUACAUGGAAUUUAGACAGACGGGGAAUCAAAGAGGACAAACCUGACACAGUAAUAGAUUCUCCCUGCUGCUUGAUGUGCAUAGAGUUUCAUCCUGUCAAUCCUGCAUGGCUGGCUGGUGGCAACUUUAGUGGAGAAAUAAUUCUGUGGGAUCUAAGCCGUGAAGACGAUCUGGUGCUGGCAACAUCAGGGAUUGGGAAUGAUGCACACAGGGAGCCUGUCAGCAAAGUUCAUUGGAUUAAAAGUCAGUCUUCAGGAAGACGAGAUUAUGAUAUUAUCAGCAUUAUUUGGAAAUUAGAAACGGGAAGGGUUAUCAUUUGGAUUAUUUGUAUAAUGGCCGAUAACUUGUAUAGGGCUAUGAAAGUGAGAGCAACAAGAGGUGACAAGGAAGUGGGUGUAACUUGCAUCUCCUUUAGCCAUGAAGAUCCAGAUCUCUUUGUCCUUGGUUCAGAGAGUGGUUGUAUAUUUAAAUGCAACCUUCACGCUACAGGCAGACCUGCAGGAAAUUACAUAGACUCAUCAGUGCCGCUAUGUUCGCCUGUGACUUUCACUUUCAACCCCCACCAUGGACCAGUGCAUUCAGUUGACUACUCUCGAUUUCAUCGAAAUGCCUUUCUCAGUGCAGGAAUGGACCAAACUCUUCGUCUGUACAGUGUGUUACAGGCCCAUCCCAUUGUGACAAUUGAACCAGGAGAUGGGUAUCUGUUUUCUGCUAGAUGGUCACCUGUGAAGCCGUCAGUACUGGCUGUAACAACAGAAAAUGGAAACCUACUUCUUUAUGACCUGCGCCAAGGACAGAUGGUUCCAGUUCAUAAGCUGGAGGCUAGUCCUAACAGACAGCCUGUCUAUAGUCUGCAGUUCAACACUCAGCAAAAGUCCAUCUUGGCAACUGGGGAUGGUCAAGGUUACAUUAGAGUGUUCAGACUUGGAGAGGCUUUGACAUCGAUGUCAGGGAGAGACACUGAGGUCUUAGAGGAGAUAAUGAACACAGGCAUAGACUGA